AUAUGCAAAAAAAGAAGAAAAAAAAACUAAAAUCUCAUCCCCUCCUUGCCCUCCUUCCAUUCCUCCCUCGCCGCCCCCCGCCUCCUCCUCCGGCCGAAAUAACCCGACACGAGCGAACCCUCGCCGUCAAACCCUCAACCAUGGGAGCACAUCCAGCCACCGUCCCCUGCUCCCUCCGCUGCGGCGCCGCCGUCGCCGCUGUCCGCCGAUUCACAGGGCCGCGCAGCGCCGGUUUCCUCGUCCGCGACGGCCGUAUCAUUGUAACCGGCUCGAAGCUGUCCUGCGUCGGCCCUACUUCCUGGAGCUACCCCCACAACUUCGACUCAGACUCGGAACCCAUGCCGCCUGGCCCUUGGUGGGGGGAGGCGCUGCUCGAAGAAGACGCCGAGUUUUUCCCUCUUGCCGAUUUCAUCCCAGUCGGGCAGGGCAGGAAGGAACUGGAUGCGAUAUGGCACGCCCUCGUCGCUGGCCCCCUCGAAUCCGUCCAGCUGACCCUGCGCGAGAUCCUGGCCGCCGGCAACCUGUUCCGCUGCCGCAGCUUCCACGUCGGCACCCUCUCAGGUGCUUUGCUGGUCGUUGCUGGGGUUUUCCAACUCUGCAAAACGACACCUACCCUUUUUGUGGACAUCGUUCUUGGGUCUGUGUUCUACAAGCUAAGUGUUUUAUCUGCGCAGCUGCAAAGGGAUGGCAGGUCAUUUAGCAUAUGUGCACGGAUACAGCUAGUCCUUCUGCUUGUUUUGUCUUUCAAGGAUAACGGUGCUUCUCAGGGCUUCUACCGCUUUCUUGUGGAAUCAAUCUGGUUGCCCAACAUUUACGUGUAUCUCAUAAUGGCCUACGAUGCGACCGUCGGCGUGAAGCAUGGCAGACUGGAGUGGCUUGGGGUCUAUAGAAUGGUGCGAACGAAGGGUGGCCUGAUGAAGGUGCUGAAGCAUACCUUUCUUGACAUCUUCGGAGGGAACAAGAUGCCAGUCUCGAUAAAAAGAAGGAACAGAAAGGGCCAGUAAGGGGGGAUGCAAAUAUGGUGCUCACUUGUGUCAUCUGGUGGCAAUUAUUAGUAGAAUCACUUACCGUAUCUAGGCAUAUAUAUAUAUAUAUAGUUGGUUAAGCUGGUAGGCUCAGUGUGUUAUUCACACCGUAUCGUAUGCUUGUGGUGUGGCUGCGCACUGAAGAAGAUAGCCUGUUCUGCGUUUGGAUGGAACGCUGGAGUUACCUUUUGCUGGUACAAUUUCAGCGAAGUCGGUGAACUGGAUCGUGUUUAUGUCGAACUGAAGAUAGGCUGUUCUUCUUUGGUUGUAGCAGAAAGUCAGGGGGUUAAGUGCAAAAAGAGUUGACAGUGAUCGGUUAAGAUGGGCCUGAAACUAGAAAAUAUGCCAGGAUUAUCAAA